AUGCGACAAUCGCCAGCGGACGAGAACCGGAACCUCACCACCAUUACAAUAUCAAACGGAGAUGGGCGGAAACUCAAGAACGUCAUCUUUAUAGAUGCCGGAUUUCAUGCCAGAGAAUGGCUAACUCAUACGGCAGCCCUUAAUAUCAUCGAUAAGUUGGUUGUGAGCUACGAAGAGAACAAGCAACUCCUGCAGGACUAUGACUGGGUUAUUUUACCAUUGGUGAACGCAGAUGGCUACACAUAUUCCCGAUCAGGAAAGAAAUUCACCAAUGAAACUAUCACAUGCUCAUGCCCUUGUGACGGAGAUCUUGAAAUCAAAUGUUGGCGAAAGAAUCGCGAACCCAACAAACAGGGAUGCACUGGAACCGAUCUCAACCGGAACUUCGGACAUGGAUGGGGCAAGGGAGACGCCUCGAGUAAUCCAUGCGAAAUUACAUAUAAGGGUCAUUCCAAGUUUUCGGCAUCGGAAUCUCAAGCAGUGAGAAGAGUUCUUCUCGAUCUGGCAAGCUCCGGACGAGGCGUAUUAUACCUUUCGAUUCAUUCCGCUGUUGGCGAAAUUUUUUAUCCAUGGGGAGCGGAAGCAAUCAAGGCUGAAAACUACAAAGAGCACGAGGAAGUGGUGCAAGCAGGCAUAGAUGCCAUGGCCAAGGCAAACUUUCAGUUCCCCUCCAUAUACAAGCAAGGUCCCUUACAUGGCCUCUACCCUACUGGUGGCACCUCAAGUGAUUAUGCUUAUGAAGUUGGAUUUCCUUUAUCACUCAUUAUGGAGCUUCCGGAAACAAGAGGCACAAUAAAUUUCGAGUUCCAUCCCCCAACGAAUGUUAUUGGGGAACUCGUUGAAGAAACUUGGAUUGGUAUACGCGCCAUUGCAAGCAAAGUUAUCGAAAAGUAUCCAAGCGAUUGGAAUUUUAAUAGGACAUAUGGCAAAUAUUUUUAGAAUUAUAUGUUAUGG